CCAGUCCCAUACUGGGCAAUGGGAUGUCCCUGUUACUGGGAAUUCCAUGUUCCAUACUGGGAAAUGGGGUGUCCCUGUCACUGGAAUGGAGGAGGGAGUUAUCCCCAGUCCCAUACUGGGAAAUGGGGUGGUCCUGUCACUGGGAAUUCCCAGUCCCGUACUGGGAAAUGGGGUGUCCCUGUCACUGGGGGUGGAGAAGCGAGUUUUAUUCCCAGUCCCAUACUGGGAAAUGGGGCGUUCCUAUUACUGGGAAUUCCAUGUCCCAUACUCGGAGAUGGGGUGUCCCCUUUUACUGGGAAUUCCAUGUCCCAUACUGGGAAAUGGGGUGUCCCUGUUACUGGAAUGGAGGAGGGAGUUAUCCCCAGUCCCAUACUGGGAAAUGGGGUGGUCCUGUCACUGGGAAUUCCCAGUCCCGUACUGGGAAAUGGGGUGUCCCUGUCACUGGGGCUGGAGAAGCGAGUUUUAUUCCCAGUCCCAUACUGGGCAUGGGGCGUUCCUAUUACUGGGAAUUCCAUGUCCCAUACUCGGAGAUGGGGUGUCCCCUUUUACUGGGAAUUCCCAGUCCCAUACUGGGAAAUGGGGUGUCCCUGUUACUGGAAUGGAGGAGGGAGUUAUUCCCAGUCCCAUAAUGGGAAAUGGGGUGUCCCUGUUACUGGGAAUUCCAUGUCUCAUACUGGGAAAUGGGGUGUCCCUGUUACUGGGGGUGGAGAAGCGAGUUUUAUUCCCACUCCCAUACUGGGAAAUGGGGCGUUCCUAUUACUGGGAAUUCCAUCUCCCAUACUGGGAAAUGGGGUGUCCCUGUUACUGGAAUGGAGGAGGGAGUUAUUCCCAGUCCCAUACUGGGAAAUGGGGUGUCCCUGUUACUGGGGGUGGAGAAGGGAGUUUUAUUCCCAGUCCCAUACUGGGAAAUGGGGUGUCCCCAUCCCUGGGAUGGACAGGGAGUUAUCCCCAGUCCCAUACUGGGAAAUGGGGUGUACCUGUUACUGGGAAUUCCCAGUCCCAUAUUGGGAAAUGGGGUGUCCCCAUUACUAGGAUGGAGGAGAGAGUUUUAUCUCAGUCUUGGGGUGGGAAAUGGGGUCUCCCCAUCCCUGGGGAUGGAGGAGGGAGCCACACCCCAAAUCCUUCAGCAGGAAAUGGGGCUGCCCAUGGUCACAGCGGGGUCUCUGCUGUUCUUGGGCACCCGAAUGCCCCUGGGGUGCCAAUCCUGGCUCCUCACCCCAAGGGCCAGCAGCUGAUCCUGGGUUUGUGCCCGGCUGGGCUUGUGCUCUCCUCGCUUUACCAUGGAGACCCCAAUCCCUCCCUGUCCCCCCGUGUCCCCCCC